AUGGACGACUACACUAUAAAACACCGACAGUCAUUAUCUCCAGACUCAACCCCCGAAUUAAAUUUAAUCAUCCGCUUCUCUGCAUCCAUUCCCGAUGUCCAACUAGGAAUCACCAGUCCAUCAACGACGACAGUCGCAGGCGUCAAACAGCUAAUCCGAGGACAUUUACCACCCGACCUUGCGAAUCGAAGAAUAAGACUCAUAUGUUCUGGACGAGGACUUGAAGAUACCUCCCCGCUCACCACGUCUCUGAAAUUGCCCCCCUCUUCACGAACGAGUAAAGCCAUAUUGCGCGAUGCAAUCCCCGAUGAUAUACCGCGUGUCUACGUGCACUGCUCAAUCGGUGAUAUCGUCCUAUCCGCAUCAGACCUGAGCGCCGAGGCUGCAAUGGCGUCGACAUUCCUCCUUCAACAGCAGCAACAUGACUCAACAGCAGCAACAACAACUACACACCAGGAACGAAAUGAAGAACAAGAGGCAGAUGAUAUGGCGACCACAACACCGGCUCCAAGGGGGUUCGAUCGUUUAUUAUCAGCCGGGUUCACGCCGGGUGAAGUCGCGGCAUUGAGGUCCCAGUUCUUGGCUUUGCAGUCUAUUUCGCAUACACCAGAUACUAUGCCCACGGGUGCGGAACUGCGUGAGUUGGAGGAUAGAUGGAUGGAUGAAGGCUCAGGAGCGGACGGGGCAGGUGUUGGCAUCACAUUUGGCGGUGGAGGAGGAACUGGAGGCGAUGAAGGCGGAGGGUUUGGCUCGUCGUCCAAUAGUGCGCUUGAUGAUAUGUUAUGGGGUGCUGUUAUGGGAUUUUUUUGGCCGAUUGGGUGUGCGAUGUGGUUGAGGCGUGAGGAAGGGGUUUGGAGUUGGCGGAAAGGUUUGGCGGUGUUUGUUGGGGUGGUGGUUAAUGUUGCCUUUGGAGCUGUAAGGGUUAUGAAUUGAUGGAU